GCAGCGAUUGUCCCGGUGUGUAAGCGACCUCCCAGCGCCGACACCAAAACAUUGAAGGAAUGAUUGGGACUUAUUGAGUUAAUAUUACUGUUUGGUGUGUUAAAACUGUGAAGAAUCAACAAGAAUAAAGUGGAUAAAGAUUACAGGGACACAGUGGCAGGUUGAUUGCUGGAAUUUCGGUAUGGCAACGGCACUAGCAAGGCCAAUUUCCUUCCCUGACUUGGGGUUGAAUGAGCAGGACCAAGACGGGAACUCUGCCUUGCUGGAGCUUGACAGAGGAUUAAAAUCUUCUAGAACAGGGGAACAGUGUGAAGCCAUCUCUAAAUUUCCUGCCUUGUUUGAAAAGUACCCAUUUCCAAUUCUCAUUAAUUCGGCUCUUCUCAAGUUGGCAGAAGUGUUUCGACAAGAAACUCCAGGGAGUAAUUUUGUGCGUGUGUGUGUUGUAGAGGUUGUAGAGUCAUGCGGUCGACACUUAGAUAAACUCAUCAAUGUGGAUGAAUUCCUGAGACGCAUCACUACUGUAAUGCAUUCAAAUGACCCUUUAGCCCGAGCCCUCACCCUCCGAACCCUGGGCUGGAUGUCUGGUGUUGUGGGGGAGAACCGCCAGGUGCAGCAUCUAAUCCGUGAAGCUCUAGAUGCAAAGGAAUCAGUGGAGCUCCAGGCUGCCAUUAUGGCUGCAGAAAAAUAUGCUGCAAAGUCGAAGACCUUUGCUAUGAAUAUGUGUGAGCGCUUGACCCACAUGAUUGGUGGUCUUGCAACACCUGUUGAUGUAAAGCUCCAGCUUAUCCAGGUGUUUCAGCAUAUGCAUCAUGAUGCAGAAACUGCUGCUACAGUACGAAGUUUGUGCCUGGAGCUCUUAAAAGAAUACCCAACACAGCGUGUAGUGAUAACAACUCUUCACACUCUUACCCAACUGGCAGCCCAUAUUCUUGUAGACAUUCCCCAGCAGGUGGAUCUGUUGAUGGGAUAUCUUGAGAAGGAAACUCGCCUUGGAGUACGCCAAGCAGUGUUGGGAGAACUGGGUUAUCUAGCAGAAGCAGCACCUCAUGCAUGGUCAGCAGAAAAUGUUGAAAUACUGGUUGAGUUCACUAGAUCAUCACAGCAUAAUGCUGCCAUGACAACAACAGCUCUCUCUGUUUUGGCAUCUUUAACUGCUGCUCCUGCAUUACCACGUAUAACUUUGACUCCAGACUGUUCACUUGUGGAUUUGUGCAGAGAAUGUGUUUAUGAUGGGAAUAUCCAGGUUGCUUGCAGAGCCAUACAGCUCUUUACUAACAUUGCUAUAUACAUGCAUGAAGAGCAGAACACAAGAGUGGUAUGUGAGGAGGCACAUUGUGCAGCCCUUAGUCUCCUUCAAAGUGUGGUGUGUGCUGUGCAACCUGACGAUAAUAAUGUAGCUAAUUCCGAAGAAUUUAUUCCCGCUGGUCUGCGAACAUGCUUGGUUUGCACAGUGCUGCUGGCAAAAACAAGUCCAACUAUUAUGUGUGACUUAGCAAGUACACUCACAGACAUACUGGCUGACUGCAUACUC